AUGGCUAAUGAUGAAUGUGAACCGCUACAUAUGAUUGUAAGUGGUACUGCUGGCACAGAGAAUUACAGGGUGAUUCCUUACAGAGAUUGCAACUCAGAUUGGAAGACUACGUGCAGGUACAGGAAAGAGGAUGUCCCAUUUGGUGGCAUGUCGAUUAUCCUAAUGGGGGAUUUUGGCCAAUUACCUCCUGUAGGCGAUAGGCCAAUGUACAUUGCAGGUAAUGGAUCCGUAAUCAGUGACCAUGGUCACAGUAUGUAUUUGACAUUUGAUCAUGUAGUCAUUUUAGAGCAGGUCAUGCGACAGAUUGGUGAAGACCCAGAAGUAGUUGCAUUCAGGGCGCUAUUGAUGAGAAUGAGAGAUGGACAAGUUACCGAGAUGGACUGGAGACUAUUAAUACAGCACUCCAGCCUAACGUUUCAAUGGAUCAAUUUAGUGAUGCUAUUCGGCUCAAGGCAUUCUGGUCGGGGUGCAAGUGCGGCAACUCUGAUGAAGCAGGUGGUUUGGAAGCUUCUCUUUUUGUCAACCAAAGCAGAAGUGAUGCUGACAUGUAACCUUUGGGCAGAAGUUGGUCUUUGCAAUGGCUCUUUUGGAACUAUUGAGCAAUUUUGGUUUGCAGAGAAUAUGGGUCCACCAAAUCUACCGAUUGCAGUACUGGUUCAUUUUCCGGCAUAUUCUGGCCCUGCAUUUCUACAAGAAUGUUCAAAGUGUAUACCUGUGCCUCCAAGACUGUUUGAGUGGAUGGCGGAUGGAAAGUAUUUGUCAAGACAACAAUUGCCCUUGCGGCUGAGGUAUGCAAUGACGAUACACAAGUCCCAAGGACAGACACUAACCAAGGCUGUUGUUGAUUUAGGUAAAGGGGAGAGAGUUGCUGGCUGCACAUUUGUGGCAACAUCCAGGGUAAGAUCAAUUCAUGAUAUUGUGUUUGAACCUAUGACAUUUGAUCGUCUGAAAGUAAUUGGUAAGAAUAAAAGUUUGAAGAAGCGACAAGAAGCAGAACGACGACUUCGUGUGCUUGCAGAAAAGACUGAGCAGAGGCAUAAGCAUUGA